AUGCCCGUGCAGCCCAUGUCGAUGCAGCCUGGUCCAAGCGCAAGCCAUUGGGAGAAGCCCACGUUGAACUGCCGAACCAUGUUUGUGCUGGGAUCCAUGAACCUCAUUGAUUGCAUCAAUGCCAACCUCCUAACUCCUUACGUGGACAGGUUGGUCUCGACAUUUUUGGAGAAGAGUCCCCAGAGCCCCGAGGUGGCUCAUGUGGUUUCCCUGCUCAUCGGGGUCUACCCUCUCGUCGAAGCUUUCGUCUCGCCUUUCUGGGGCAUGUUCGCCGACUACGCUGGGAGGAGACCCUGCCUACUUGUGGGCCUCGGCGGCUCAGUCAUCGCGCCUGUGGUCUUCGGACUGGGGCAGUCGUUUCCGGUGCUCUUCGCCGCCCGUGCGAUCGAUGCCUUCUUCUGUGGGAACAGGGGUGUGACUCUUACGUACCUGGGUGAGAUUGUCGAUGCGAGCAACGAGGCAAAGGGCUUUGCGAUCCUUGGGGGCUGCUUCUCCAUGGGCCUCGUCAUCGGACCGGUCCUCGGAGGAUCGCUCGUGUUCCCGGCCGACUGGGCGCCCAGAAUUUUUGGAGGGACCAUUUUCGAUUCUCACCCCUUUCUCCUUCCGAAUCUGACCUAUGCUAUCUUUGCGGCCCUUGUGUGGCUGAUCGGGGCCUUGUUCUUGGAGGAGACCUUGCCAAGAGAGCAGCGCUGCGUACGCAAGAGAAGAGCCGAAUCUCCGCUUUCCCAGGGCAGCCCUUCCAGCGCAACUUGUCAGAACGAGUCAGCAGAGGCAAGCGUGAGAAGCAGGAGAUUCAAGAUCCUUGCAAUCUUCCCAACCUUUCCAAAAGCCACACUUCAAGUCAUGUUGGCGUACUGGAGCAUGUCCGGCUGCGUGGCAGCGAUGCGGCAGUUGCUGAUUCUGGUGCUGUCUUUCGGCCGUGAAGUUGAUGGCUUCGACUUUGGCCCGCACCAGCUUGGGAUGCUUCAGAAUAUCGGUGCCGUGGCGCUGAUCCUGUGCCAAAGCUUCGUCUACGCACCGCUGACAAAGAAGCUCGGCUUCCUCGCCACCUACCUGAUUGGCUUCGUGCUCUUGAACCUCUCCUUCAGCUUCCUGCCAAUAAUUGGCCUCUUUGCAGAUCCCGGACGGUAUGGACUCUUGAGAUGGAUACCUUUAGGGGCGGCCAUGUUCUGCUUCACGGGUGCCGCGGGCCUGACGUUCCCAACGGCCUUUGCCUUCAUCAACAGGGCUGCAGCUGGCCCAAAUCGUGGAGCCAUCAACGGGUACACGGCCGCAGGCGGUGCCUUGUCCCGCGGCUGCUUCCCACCUCUGGCGGCAGUGCUGCUGGGCCAAUGUAGCCGGCUGGGUGGAUUUGGCCGCUACGUCCCCUUCUAUGCUGCGACCGUAGUCAUGGGGCUGGGUCUUGCCAUCUCCUGGCCUGGCAUGCGCAAGAUGGAGAAGAACUCCAUUGGAGCACAGCAAGCACAGCAAGCGAGCGAUGAGCAGGAUCAGAGGAGGUCGCGCCAGGAGCCGCUCAUGAGCGAAGCCGAUCCGCCCGGUGAGUCGACAUAG